UCAAUCAAACAGUCAAUAUGACAACCCAUUAAAUAAACAUAAUUCCACUAAAUUUCAACUGAAAAUGAAAACAAGAAUUACUUCACGAAUUCAGUUUCAUUUUUAACCUGUUGCUGACAUUGAAAGCGCGAAAAUAGAACCAUCAUAAAAAAGUCGAAGAAAAGAAGACAAAAAAAAUCGUAAUUCCAUUUGGUGUGCAAAUCAUGGUUCAGUGAUUUUAUGUAACAGCCGCAUGUUUUCUUAUUUCUAUCCAUACAAUAAUAAGCCACUCUUCGGAAGAUAUUAUCAUGGAAAAGUAAUAAUAAUAUUAAAAACGAUUUCAUGAAUGCAUGAGAUGGCUCGUGGCAAAAACAAAACGCUGUCAUCUAUUUUCUUUAAAAUACAUUCAACAUUCCAUCAUCACAUGACUCUACAGUCGUAGUAAAUAAUGAGAAAAAAUUAAUUAACAAAAAUUCAGUGCAAGACAAUGUAAAGUUUUUUAAUUAUUUCCCAGAUGUAAAGCGGUUCUAAUAAUGGAAGUUCAUACUGCAUUAGUGCUAACCGUGCAACUGGUUGCUCUUUUCUCCAUUGCUGGAGCUCUUUUGUUAUACUUGCUAUGCAAGGUUAAAGGUUCACGAAAUGUGACAUUAGAUCCACGCUGUGGAUCGAUAUUAAUUACAUCUGCUGACACUGCUCUUGGUCUUCAGCUUUCUACUUAUCUCGCUUCAAAAGGAUGCCGUGUAUUUGCUGGAAUGAAGGAUCCUGUCGAUUCACUUCCCGCCAAAUUAUUAAAAGGAUGGAUGAAAGCACGUGAAAAUGCAUUAGAUAUGGAAACAGAUUCUGUCAUUGGUUCAAUUGUGCCAUUAAAAGUGGACGUAACAAAGGAAGAUAUUCUUAGAGAAGCAACUGAAAAAAUGGGUGCACAUUUGAAUGCCAGUGAACGUGGAAUUCUCGCAGUUGUCAAUACUGCUGGAAGCAUUUUUCGCGGACGCAUGGACUCGCAAGAGAUACAUGAAUGGGAAUGCAUGUUUAAACAAAAUGUGUUGGGUUGUUUGAGAGUAGCGCGUGCUUUCAUUGGCUUAUUGCGACCGACAAGAGGUCGAUUAAUCUUCUUAGGAUCUGGCAGCAAUGGCGAUGGAUUACUUGCAUACUCAGCUUCGAAGAACUCAGUUGAAGGAACAGCUUGCGCUCUACGGGAUGAACUAAAACCUUAUGGAGUCUCAGUUGUGACAUUGGAUAGCACUGGUGUACCUGCUGAAGCCUUGUAUAAGUCACCAAUUCCAUUUACAAUUUCUGAUAUUGAAGGAAUUCCAACACAAUACUCAGCAGAAGUCUUAACACAUUCAUCACUACAAGUCAUCGAGAGGGCAUUAUUUGAUCCAAGACCAUACGAUAGCUACUCACUCUCUGUGCCACAAAAUAAAUUUUAUUGUAAUCUUCCUUGUCGCUCGGAAUUUGUUCGCCCUAAGAAUAGUUCUUUUGUUCAAAAAGUUUAA